AUGUCUAGUCCAGUGGAAGGACAGCAGCAGCAACCUCCUAAGGAGGAGCUCACCGAGAAGGAGCUUGCCAAGCUAGAGAAGAAGAGAGCCAAGGAAGAGGCUAAGCGACAAAAGGAGGAGGCCAAGGCCGCCCGUCUAGCUGAGGAGAAGCGCCGUUUGGAAGGUCCUGAUGUACCCUACUCAGAGGUGGUCACUGGUGACCAGAAAUUCGGCCAUACUUUUAUCCAAUCUCAAGUGAAGUCCCUCGGGCGUAAGUUCACUAAGCUCGAGCGCGAUAUUGCUCACUACGAGAAGUUGGGUGAGACCAAGCGUGUUGAGGAGAUUAAGGAGCAUUUGGCCACUGUGGUGAAGCACGAGGAGGAUGAGGAUAUAGGUACCAGUGAUGAGAAGUUACUUGGAAGGAUCAUGCAUGACCUUUAUAAUACUGAUUUCUACAUCAUCGAUAAGUUCCCCGCAUCCGUUCGUCCCUUCUACACCAUGCCUGAUCCCGUCGACCCUAAGUGGACGAACUCAUACGAUAUUUUCAUUCGUGGUGAGGAGGUCACCUCGGGAGCUCAGCGUAUUCAUGAUGCUGAUAUGCUGGCUGAGAAGGCCCAGCGUCUCGGUGUGGAGUUGUCGACCAUUCAGCCCUACGUUGAUGCUUUCAAGUACGGUUCUUACCCCCACGCUGGAGCAGGUGUUGGUCUUGAACGUGUGGUGAUGCUCUUCCUCGGUCUACCUAAUAUCCGUCUCGUAUCGAUGUUCCCUAGGGAUCCUAAGCGCCUUACUCCUUAA